AUGUCUCGGUUACCCUCAUUGCCGGCGCUUCGUGACUUUAUUCAUAUGUAUAGGCUUCAGGCAAAAAAGAUCUUAUCGCAGAAUUAUCUCAUGGAUAUGAAUAUAACGAGAAAGAUUGUGAGGAAUGCACGCGUGGAACCUAAUGAUUAUGUUGUUGAAAUCGGUCCGGGACCUGGUGGAAUAACCCGUGCGAUUCUCGAAGCUGGUGUCUCUCGAUUGGAUGUGGUUGAGAUAGACGAUCGGUUCAUUCCUCCUCUUGAGCAUGUUGCUGAAGCAUCGAAUUCGAGAAUGUUCAUUCAUCAGGCUGAUGCGCUGAAGACGGAUAUUUCCGAGUUUUAUACGCCUUCUGCCACAUUAUGGCACGAUGAGUGCCCGCCCAUCCAUGUAAUUGGAAAUCUUCCAUUUAACAUUGCCUCACCUUUGAUUAUUAAAUAUUUGCGGGAUAUGUCGUAUCGUCGAAGCAUUUGGAAAUAUGGAAGAGUACCGUUAACCCUAACCUUUCAACUAGAAGUCGCUAAACGAAUAUGCUCGCCGAUUGCUUCAGACGCCCGAAGCUCUUUCGUGCCGAGACCCUUGGUGGAUGUAGGUGUUGUGAGGUUCGAGCCCAGGAAAACGCCGUUGAUCAACGUGCCGUUUGAAGUCGUCGAAAAAGUGUGCAGACAUGUUUUCCAUUAUAGACAGAAGCACGUGAAUAAGGGAUUGAAGACACUGUAUCCCAAAGAGUUGGCCAAUGAACUUACAGAUGAAUUGCUGAGAAAAACGAGAAUCGAUCCAACGACGACAUCGAUUCGGCUCGGGAUCGAGCAAUUUUCCGAUUUAUCUGACGCGUAUUUUGAGCAAUGCAGAAGAAUUGCGGGACUUUUCGCGUAUGACUACACGAAACCCCAUCGUAAAUUGGAAAUGCUUGAUGAUUCGCAACUUCCAUUACCAUUGGAUUUUGAAAAAAUUAAUGAUGCCAAAAAUAGCUGGAGACUUCGAGAGUUCACUGUGUCAUAA